AACGUCCCCCACAAGCCCGACAAUGAGUCACCGUAAGUACGAAGCCCCUCGCCACGGUUCCCUCGGUUUCCUGCCAAGAAAGCGUGCUGCCCGUCACCGGGGCAAGGUCAAGUCGUUCCCGAAGGAUGAUCCCAAAAAGCCAGUUCACUUAACUGCCAUCAUGGGCUACAAGGCUGGCAUGACCCAUGUUGUUCGUGACCUCGACCGGCCAGGAUCCAAAAUGCACAAGCGUGAGAUUGUGGAGGCUGUUUCGAUUGUCGAGACCCCUCCCAUGAUGGUUGUCGGUGUUGUCGGCUAUGUUGAGACUCCUCGCGGUCUCCGCACUCUUACUACCGUCUGGGCAAACCACCUUUCGGAUGAGGUCAAACGUCGGUUCUACAAGAACUGGUACCGCUCGAAGAAGAAGGCGUUCACCCGGUACGCCAAGAAGCACGCUGAGGACGGUGGCAAGUCGACGGCCCGCGAACUCGAGCGUAUCCGCAAGUACUGCACUGUCGUCCGUGUGCUUUCCCACACCCAGAUUCGCAAGACCGGUCUGAGCCAGAAGAAGGCUCACUUGAUGGAGAUUCAAGUGAACGGUGGCUCUAUCGCAGACAAGGUCGAGUUUGCCCAAGGCCUCUUCGAGAAGCCUUUCGACGUCAACUCGAUCUUCGAGCAAGAUGAGGUCAUUGAUGUCAUCGCCGUUACCAAGGGUCACGGCUUUGAGGGUGUUACCCACCGUUGGGGUACCAAGAAGCUGCCGAGAAAGACCCAUAAGGGUCUUCGCAAGGUUGCUUGUAUCGGUGCAUGGCAUCCUUCGAAAGUCAUGUUCUCCGUUGCUCGUGCUGGUCAAAACGGAUACCACCACCGCACGGAACUUAACAAGAAGAUCUACCGCAUCGGUUCUGGCACCGAUGAGGCUAACGCUUCGACCGAGUCUGAUGUCACGAAGAAGGCUAUCACGCCCAUGGGUGGCUUCCCCCACUACGGCAUUGUCAAGAAUGACUUCCUGAUGCUGAAGGGAUCCAUCCCUGGAACGAAGAAGCGUGUCGUUACUCUGCGCAAGUCGUUGACGGUACACACCUCUCGUCGGGAUCUUGAGAAGGUCCAGCUCAAGUUCAUUGAUACCUCGUCGAAGUUUGGUCACGGCUCGUUCCAAACGUUCGAGGAAAAGGCUGCGUUCCUUGGAACCCUCAAGGCCAGAGAUUGAUUGCAUUAUCCACGUAUUACCUAGGCACUUCAUGUUUUUUCUUUUGCGCUACGCCCUUGCAUGUGAUGUAUGCUGUAAUCCAC